AAAUAAUGAAGCUCAAAGAAAUAAUGAAGCUUAUAGAAAUAAUGAAGCUCAAAGAAACAAUAAAGCUUAUAGAAAUAAUGAAGCUCAAAGAAAUAGCGAACCUCAAUUUAUUGAUAAAGAUUAUGAUUCUGAAACUUUUAAUAGUCAAUAUCAUAUCAAUUUGGAUAAUGAUCUAGAAAAAAAAGCAAAUUUAUUAAUAAAGAACCAAAAAGAAUUAGAUCCGAGAACUAUUCAUAAAGCAAUUCGUGAAAAAAUGAAUACUAUUAAGUAUCUAUCAAAUAAGCAGCUUGAAAUUGUAUCUAAAAUAGCACUUGAAAUUCAUAAUAAAGACCAAUUAGAUGCUAUUCUCAUAAAUCUUUCAUGGAAAAAUUUAUGGAAUAAUAGUAUUGCACCUGCAGAAUAUCAAAGUGAAAUAAAAAUUAAGGUAAAAAAAGCAUUAACAGAAGUAUUUGGCAGAGAUCAAUUUCCACUAAUUGAGCAAGCACGCCCAUCAGCUGACCAACAAGUUUUUUCUGAUGAAACUACUAAAAAUAAUAUUGCAUUUGCAAGUAUUUGUAUUGAUGUAAUUUGUAAUGCAAACUAUUCUGGGUAUGAAUUACAACAAAAGUAUAUUAUUCAAGAAAUGAAUUCUUCUCUUAGAGGAAUGGAAUCAAGUGAAUUAGAAAUCGAAUUAGAAGCAAAUGAAGCUAGUACUAGUGAUUUAGAAAGGGAAGAAGAAUAA